AUGAAGUCCUUUCAAGCUCUGAAGCUUGCGCUGCAGGAGGCGGAGGGCGAUGAUGAUGGCGUCAUUGUCACGGAUGAGUUCUUUGAACAAGAGCGGCGCAUCAUGUACUCCUUCAGGCACCCGCACUUGGUGCCCAUCUUCGACUCUGGCACGUUUAGCGGAGGCAUUGCUUUCCUGCUGAUGGAGCUGAUGAGCUGCGAUCUCAACAGCCAGAUUCCCAUGGACGAGAAUGCGGCGGCCCGAGUGACUCGGCAGAUCGCCAGCGGCCUCAUCUACAUGCACCAGGAGCUUGGCCUGGUGCACAGGGACGUGAAACCCGGGAACAUUUUCCUGUCUGGCCAAACGGCAAAACUGGGGGACUUUGGCGUGGCAACCAGGCUGGUGCCACCACCUGACGUGGCUGGGACGCCAGAGUACUUCCCGUCAGAGGUCUGGGCUGGAGAUGAGCCGGUCACGGCCAAAGUGGAUGUCUAUGGGCUUGGCUGCACCUUGUACGAGAUGCUGGAGGGGCGGCUUGCCCACCCGGUGCCGCCUUCAGUGGGGUCGCCUCUGCCCAAUCUGAGCUCGCGGGCAUGGAGGUGUUUUGGUGGCAAGCUUCAGGCGGCCUUCGAGAUGCUCAUGCGCGACAGCACGCCGGGCCUCAUUGAGGUGAUCGGCACGUUGAACCUGACGGAGGCCAUCGAGCCCUCCACGGCGGCGGCAUUUGAGCGCAAAAAGCGCAAGGAGCGGGAGAUGGCGUCGGAGGAAACAAAGAAGGCAGCGAACAGGGCUCGCAAGCUGCGCCGCAAGCAGAAGAAGGGCGCUGCUGCUGCUCAGUGGCUUUGUUUGCAGAAAGCCAAGCCUCAGCCAAAAUGUUGUUGCCCGUCAUUGUCAUGUCUCAGUCAAUGUCGUUUUGUUGGGCUCGUCGUUCCUAAGGGCUGGCGAUGA